AUGAGAGAUCAUUGUGAAGACGUCGGACUCUGUGAAAUUAGUUUUCAUCUUUCUCGUGACGUAGACGUAGACGUCGGUAAAAACUGUGCAUUCGUUCUGUGCCGCAGUUCGUCGUUCACAGGAUUCGUUUUGAUUUUCACUCGGUUGGAGAGGACUAUCAGUCACAAGCAGCCGUCCUCUUUUCGGCGACUCGGUAUGUUAGAAGACGUGAAAGGAAUGCCGACGGCCAGCUACAUCAGUCUGUUGUCUACCUACAAUCGAAAAAGGAAUAGAUACUUUUACAGAUUAAAUAUAAGGGAGAUAGUCCCAAGAAGGAAAGAGGAGCACUUUUCAAUCACUUCACGAGGUUUCUUCGAGAAUUAUCCUCAUAAUCAUUCAACCUUUCCAAAAUCUGCAAAAAGCAAUAUGAGUUCUUCCGACUCUUCCCCUCCGGUGACAUCGCGGCGAUCGCCGUUGAAGCGCAAACCCAUUGAGUCGACAUCAUCGUCGUCUUCCGAUGAUGGCAGCAGUCGCGUCACCCGCCGUAAUGAUGCUACUUCACGGGCUAGCGCGGAGAACGCGUCGGCGCGGCGUCCGCAGUCUUCGGUCCUGAGCAAAAAGAGUGUGACGAGCUCGAAAACGUCCUCCUCAAGCAAGACGAGUUUGAGCAAGAGCAGCAAAACAAGUUCGAGCAAUGCAAAUGCGAAAUAUACAAGUCGCAGUGGCGGAACGAAUAAAGGCGGUGGAUCAUCGCCAGCAAAACGAGUCUCGCAACGGAGACCAGCUAGUUCGAAUUCGUCUUCGGGAAGCAGUUCGCGCAGUAGCAGCAGCUCGAGCUCACCCGCGAAGAAACCUCGAUCAGGAGAACUAGCGCCGCUGCCUUUAGAUAAAUUGCGGCAAUCGCCGCAUACAAGACGGAGUAGUUGGUCGCCAGACAAGAAGUCGUCUUCUCGAGCGGCGCCUACAGGUGGGUCGAGCACUCGUCGCGUGGUCGUCAAAGAUGUUGCGUCGGCGACUAGGUCCGUAUCCUCGUCUAGUAGUUCGAGAAAUAGAGGAAAUCCAGCAGAGGCGGAAAAUAAGGCCAAUAAUUCUUCGGCGUCUGCUAGUUCCUCGACACAUUCUGCAAGAGCAGUUGCAACUCCAUCGACUAGCAGAGCGAAGGAUCAGCAACCGCACUACGGGACUCCUGCAGCGGCUGUAGGGCCUCCCACAACAACUUCAUCCAGGGAUCAUGUCGCCAGGACGAACCAAGAGGAUACUGGUGGCGGCGAGAGAGAGAUACCAGCCGAGGAGACUGCCACUCUGUCGCCGAAAAUGAACUUUCGAACUCGGCCUGUGACUCACCGGUCGACGCCACCUAUCACACCACCUGUCGACGUUGCAAAGCAAGACAGUGGGGGUUUGGAUACGACGAUGGCUCCUACGUCCUACACCGACCAUCCAGGUUUUCAGCAUUCGACGGGACAAUUCGGCCUGGCUUUCGGACUUACACCACUAGAAGACAACGACAUCGAUUUGGGUGCAAUGAUACGGCAAUUCGGCAGCCCGGGAUACAAUCCAACACAGGAUCCCGGAGGUAGAGCAACGGAAGCUAACUACACUUAAGGCUCAAUACAAUUCAUUUCUACAACGAGUCACUUCUUCCUGUUUCCCCCUUAGGAUUGGGAGAAAUGCAGGCAAGAAAUACACUGUUUUGAGCUCUAAUACACUAAAAUCGAGGAUGCAGGUGGGGUGCUGGCUGCUUUUGUGGUUAAUUUGCAAGUCGCAGCUCCGCCACCGCCUGUGGAUGUGAUUGAACUUGCGAGUACGACACAAAUCAAGCUGGAAGGCGACUCUCAACUAGUUACGAGACUUCGUGCUGCACUUGACAAGUGCGCAAAGGAGCGCAUUGUGCCUGCUGGUACUUUAUCGUGCGUCCAAGUCAACACCUUUUUCAUUUCAUUGAUUACACUUCGAAUCUAUCGGGGAUAACCUGGAUGAACUUUCUUUGUAAGAGGUCUACACAUCACAUAUUUCUGAUCCAAAUCUUUCAGUUCCGACCAUUCGAGCAAUUCUUGCUGGUACACCGGCUACCGAUAUUGACGGUAGUCCAACGAACGCUGCUGCUAAGUCCGGUCCGGUGCGUGACUAUCUCGCCCGCCAUGUUUAUCCAUUUCUUGAAGGAGUGCUUGCUGAGGUCGUUGCAUCAGAGAACGCUCCUGGUGCUUCGAUAGUGGAUGCUUUUGCAGAGAAGCUUCCACUUGAUGUUUAGUGAGUUGGUCUCUUUAUCGGAAUAAAGAGGUCUCUACUCUUGUUGUAAGCAGUGCUGUUAUUUGUAGCUGAACUAUGUAUUCACUACCUUCUGGUAGUUGAACUCUUGACAUUGGAUGGUAGUUGAACUCUUGACAUUGGAUUGAGUCAUUUUGCAAGCCACGAUCUGGACGUCACGCGCAACGGUUUUUUGUAUCCAUCCUCUCUACUUAUCCACCCAACGCCGUGUUGUUGUAGUUAUAUCAAGACGUCAGGAUAUCAAUGCUGCUAUGAUGCCGCUUCUGGAAAACAUAGAGCAUCUUCUUUGCCCCUUUCGUUCUAUAUAAUCCGCUGGGGCAUCAACUGCAUUUUCUCUUGCUUGCGCCACUGAAUUCUUGUGUUCACUGAAACGAGACACGGAAAUCAAGAACACCCGCCAAUCACGGAAAUAUCUGCAUACAACAUUUUACUAAAUACUUAAAUUACUUUCUGACUUUCUUCACAAGAUGAUCAUACAUUCUACUGAAGAAGGAAAAGCAUGUGAUUUUCUUCAAUCUUACGGACUCUUCUCUGGGACAGUGGUCUUUCCUUUGUGCCAUUUGUCUUCGUUCUGCAGUCCAAUAUCAAUAUGGC